AUGGUAUUUUCAAAUAAAUCAAAUUCAGCGCUUUUCUUGGAGAAUUUAUAGAUUGUGUUGAUAAAAUUAAAGCUCAUUUUGAAAAGAUUGGAACGCCAAAUACGAUUGUAAGCGAAUUGACCUAUUCACUUUUAGUAUAUUCUUAGAUCGCAAGAGAUCUAGACAAAGAUCUUGCUGGGAGAUAGAAAAUUAGCUAUUUGGCAAGGAUAGAGAUCUUACCAUUUUGCUAACCCCUGUUAAUGUCCAUUUGUUUAUUAUUAAUAUAAUUCGGAUGAGAAUUUAUCAAAUAUAGAGAUGACACAUCCAGCAGUUACAUUCUUGAAAUUCAUAUUAGGAGGAAAUGGUAAUAAGAGAUAACCAGGAUUUAGUGAACAAUUUAAAUUGGUGACAUUCUCAACUUAAUCAAGUGCUUAUGUAGAUAAGAUAAGCAUAGUUAAUGAUUAUUUUAGAAAAAACCUAAGUCCAUUAACAAUAAUUGCAUUAUAAUCAAAUCAAAGGAUUCAGAAUAAAGAUAAUAGAAAGAUGAUUUGGUAUUAAAAGAUUUGGUGGAAAUGGCAAUAAAUUUUCAUCAGAAUAUUCCUACAGAGGAUGGUAUAAAUGAAUUGAUGGACCAAAUCUUAGUGCAUGGUAUAACAUAUUCAGAGUAACAAUUAAAUAUCCAUCAAUAGAUUAAUUCUUCGGAUAGGUAAUUGUCAGGAUGGAUUGGAUUUGGUAACUUACAAUGUACCUACAUAUUCUUACGAAUAAUGUUAGUGUUAAUCAUUUCAAGAAUAUUUAACACAAGAAUAGAAUAUUUAAAAGAUUCUUUGUUUUCUUUGGAUAUCCAAGAAAGAUUAAACUGCAUUUCAUGAUUCAACGGUCAAUAGGUGA